AUAGGGGGCAGCUUAAAACUGGCGUUGGUCAUAUAUUAUUGAUUUCUUGCUCUUCCAAUCUUGCAAGAGCAACGGAAAGCAGCAAAAAGAAAACCAAAAUGGCAGUUGAGUUCAAUUCUUGGCAAGCGAGGAUGAAUUUUGUUGUUCAUGUAUUGGAAAGCAAAUGGUACAUGGUGUUUGCCACACUCUUGAUCAUGAGCGCCAAUGGCUCAGGAUACAUGUUUGGUUUAUACUCAAAUGACAUCAAAUCAGCAUUAGGCUACGAUCAAAGCACCCUGAAUUUGAUAAGCUUCUUCAAGGACUUGGGUGGAAAUUUGGGAAUCUCAGCAGGGCUAAUCAACGAGGUGUCACCACCUUGGGUGGUGCUGUCAAUUGGUGCAGCCAUGAACUUCUUCGGCUACAUCAUGAUAUGGAUUGCCAUCAUUGGCCGAGUGGCAAAACCUCAGGUUUGGCAAAUGUGUCUUUACAUCUGCAUUGGCGCAAAUUCACUGUCUUUUCCCAACACUGCUGCAUUAGUUGCCUGUGUGAAGAACUUCCCAGAAAGUCGAGGCAGUGUUAUAGGCCUCUUGAAGGGAAUGAUUGGUCUAAGUGGUGCCAUCUUGACACAGGUCUAUCAUGCGAUCUAUGGAGAUGAUUCGAGGGCUCUUGUCUUGCUUAUAGCUUGGCUUCCACCUAUUGUUUCCUUGGUUUUUCUUCGAACGAUUCGAAUCAUGAAUAUUCGACAAUCGAAUGAGCUGAGAGUCUUCUGUAACUUCCUCUAUAUAUCACUUGGUGUGGCUGGAUGCCUCAUGACAAUAAUUAUUAUACAAAACAGGAUUCGUUUCAACAGACCCCAGUAUGCUGCAAGUGCUUCGGUUAUUUUGGUUAUACUCUUUCUCUCAUUGUUUGUUGUCAUCAAGGAAGAACUGAAGUCCUGGAAUCUCAAAAAGCAAGCAUUGAAAGAAACUUCUCUAAACUCUCCGAUAUCAGAACAACUGCGAGUUAAUGAUGAAAACAUGCUGACCCACGAGCCACAGCCAGUGGCAAGCAGAGUUAUGACAAGUUCUUUCAAAACAUACUUACAUUGGAUGAAAAUCAUUUUCAAAGCACCAGAUAGAGGUGAAGACUAUACAAUACUCCAGGCAGCAUUAAGCAUUGACAUGUUAAUUCUCUUCAUUGCCACAACAUGUGGCGCCGGAGGGAUAUUGGCAUUAAUCAACAAUUUGGGUCAGAUAGGCAGCUCCUUAGGGUAUCCAAAACAUAGCAUAGCAACAUUCAUAUCUCUCAUCAGCAUAUGGAAUUUUCUUGGACGAGUCGUGGCAGGCUUUGCUUCUGAAAUUUUCUUGACAAAGUACAAUUUCCCUCGCCCUUCAUUGCUAACUCUAGUGAUGCUUCUCUCAUGUGUUGGUCACCUCCUCAUAACCUUCUCUGUCUCACAUUCUCUUUACUUUGCAUCAGUAAUCAAUGGCUUUUGCUAUGGAGCACAACUAUCAUUGUUGUUUGCAAUCAUAUCUGAACUGUUUGGCCUCAAAUACUAUUCAACUCUUUACAAUGUUGGUGCACUUUCGAGCCCCCUCGGCUCUUAUAUUCUCAAUGUGAGAGUGGCUGGUCGCCUGUAUGAUAAGGAGGCUCUAACACAAAUGAAAGCCCUAGGCCUGGUGAGGAAAGCUGGACAGGAAUUGACUUGUAAUGGUGUUAAGUGUUACAGGACGACUUUCAUAGUAAUCACAGUCGUCACCGUGUUUGGCUCUCUUGUUUCAUUCAUUUUGGUGCUUCGGACAAGAAAGUUUUACCAGAGUGAUAUCUACAGGAAGUUUAGAGAAGAAGAAGAAACUGUAACCGAGACUCAGAUCGCACCUAAUGGGCAGCGUAACAGAAUAAUAGAAAUAAAAAAUGCUGCAGCUGUAAGUACUGGUGUUACCCCCACUGUUACUAAACUAUCAGAAACACAACCUUAAACCAUCAAAGAUUCGUAGACCAUGAAAUAUAAAUAUCGAAAAUAUAUUUUGCAAUGUGUAAAAAUAAAUUUGGCAUAUGAGAAUGUCCUUGGCAAUCUAUUCUUCGGUAAGAUCAUUAUAGUAAUUGUUUCUGAGGAACUACUCCAACUUUCUUUUUUUAUUAUUUUUCAGGGGAAAUGUAACAACAAAAAAUUACUAAUAAGGCUUAAGGGUCUUGAUUAGUGUGCCGGGAAGGCAUAAUUGGUAUUUAUGUGAAUAAAUGCAUUAUGUGGCAUGCAUGAUUAUAUGAA